CUCCUAUACACCAUCCAUCCAUCCAUCGCUUCAUCCCUUCAUCCACACGCAGCUCUCUCUCAGCCCAAACUGCUGCCAACCAGUCAGUAGAGCAAUAGUGCAGGCCACAAUGAUCGUUCAUCGCCCAUGCCGCUUACGAGAAACAACCAAUACUGACAAAAGAAGCGGCGCCCACUCGCUCACUUACUUGCUGAGCUCUUCGACGCUCUGUCACCAACGCAGCAGACGGACACAUGACCAUCUUUGGUGGACAUAGCUUGUUCGUCGUGUGCGUCACUCUACCCCACUUACCUGUCGCAUUUCUUUGAUGACGGCUUCGGGGUCAUCCGCCUUGAAGAUUGCCGUGCCUUCACAUACACACCAACACGCAACAGCAGCGUCAAGCCAACCGGGGGCUAUUUGAGCGUGUGCUCUGGUCCUUACCUGCCACAAUUGCAUUUGCCCCGGCAGCCGCGGCAAUCUGAUGUAUUUAUUGACAACACAGGUGUGUGCUGGGCGGGUGGGGCACACUUCACCACUCGGCCAUCUAUCACCUUUGUUGUGUCGACGGUGAGUCCGCCGUCCACCUCGAUGGUCAGCGAGGGGUACUUGGCACGGGCCGUCUUGACCUACAAACAAACACACACACAUACACAGAGGGAUGUAGGAGUGAGUGCAGGCGUCAUACAUACACAUACAGAACAAGGCCCGCCUCGUGUGUGUUGGCGAUUUAUUUGUCCGCACUCACUUUGUCCAUCAUGUCUUCCAUGAACUUCUGUCCGCCGAAGCCCGGCUCCACCGUCAUGACCAGCAACGUGUCUAUCAGACCUGCCCACCACACCGCCACGCCACGUACGCAGGACAGGACAAGUACCUACCGACAUCGACUCAGCAUUGGUGUUGUGUGUACCUGAGUCGAUGACGGGAAGCACGUCGUCGAUGGAUGUCUUGGGCUUCAACACGAUGCCUGCAGUCAGUAUCAGUCAGUGAGUGACACACAAAUGAGCUCGAGCAGCCUCUCUACGUACCAACCUGCCUGCAUGCCCUUCGCCUUGAUGUCCUUGGCGAUCUCAAGCGCCUCGGCAGUGCUGCCUGACAGAGACAGCACAGACAAAACGUUACCCAAUUGACACUCGCAUGGACGUGUGGACACAUCCAUGCACCCAUACAUACCAGCCGCCUCGAUGUGGAAGGUGAAUUGGUUGACGCCCGCCUGUGCGAACUCAUCCACCCACUUGUGGGGGUCCGACACCAUCAGAUGGCAGUCGAAGAAACCCUUGUUGUGUGGCCGCAGGGCCGCAACCACAGGAGCACCAAACGUCAAAUUCGGCACAAAAUGA